UUUCUGGUGACUUUUCGCGUUUCCCCUAACCCAGUGAAGGUUGUGUGUGUGUCGGGUUUGCGAUGUCGGAUUUAGGAAGCGGAGAUGAGGGUUCAAGUUCGCAAAAGUAUCAUCAAGGGAUGGAACAGGGGAGCAGCGAAUACGACCCAGGUCAACAGGGUCAGGUGGAGCAAGAGUUGGCCACAAAAAUGUUACAAAUUCAAAGUAAACGAUUCUAUUUAGACGUUAAACAAAAUCGGAGAGGAAGGUUUAUCAAAGUUGCUGAGAUCGGAGCAGAUGGCAGGCGUUCACAGAUAUUCCUGGCCCUUUCCACUGCUGCCGAAUUUAGAGAUCACCUCUCUGCCUUUAGUGACUUUUAUUCCUCGUUGGGACCUCCGAAUCCGGACAACGUUCCCGAAGACGGCAAACUGAAGAGCGAGAUGAUGAUAAAGGACAACCGUCGUUAUUACCUCGAUUUGAAGGAGAAUUCACGCGGUCGUUUCUUGCGCGUAUCGCAAACGAUAACACGUGGCGGUCCGCGUUCGCAAGUUGCGAUUCCCGCCCAAGGUAUGAUCGAAUUUCGUGAUGCUCUUACCGACCUACUUGACGAAUUCAGUACUGAUGAGCAUGCGUACAAACCCGACUUACCCGAAGGUAGACAUAUGCAUGUCGAUAAUAAAAAUUUCUAUUUCGACAUUGGACAAAACAAUCGCGGUGUCUAUAUGCGUAUAUCGGAAGUUAAGACGAACUUUCGUACGGCCAUCACCGUUCCGGAGAAGAGCUGGCCUCGAUUCAGGGACAUUUUGGCAGAUUAUUGCGAUAAGAUCAAGCAACCGUCGACGACGGGGGCGGUGUCCGGCGGCACUGGACAAGCGAACGUCGGCGGCGGUGGGAUGUCAUCGGAUCAACCGCAUCCGUUGGUUGGCAACAACACCCAACAGGACACCGGGACAAGUUUAAAGUAGGCUAGUCGGCCAUUUUAGACUAUUAGAUUUAUUAUAAUAACAAAUUAUAAAAUUGGAUAGGAGCGGUGUCAAGGUCUUAGUUUUGGUCUUCUGCGCAUGCGCAUAAUUUUAAAAUGAGACUUUGGCACCGCCGUACGAUAAGUUGUGAGUUGGGUUUUCUGUGCAGUGUUGCAAACACUAUAAAUGUUAGAUUCUCUAUUAUAUGUUACGAAAUAUUACUAAAUUAUUUAUUUAGCUCGUUUUAAGUUGUUGGAGAUGGAAUGGAAGAAAGGGACGCCACUGUAUCAAUUUUUUGGGUGUUGUGUUUUGGAUUUUGUUUCGGGACCCAAAAAACACAUUCUUGUACAAUUUCUAUAUUAGAAAAAGAUUGUCAAGAUGGCUAUUUUUCGUUUCCGGUUGUGGUGUCUCAAAAAAAAAAAAAGUUGAUAAGCUCCUAACGGGUCUUAGCUCAGCAUUACAUUCUUACAAAAUAUUGUGAUUAGAAAAGUUUUAAAUUAUUUUUUUAUUAUUCAUUUGAGAAGGUUUUUGCAUCAAAAUUUUAUAUGUAUAAAAAUUAUAUAAAUAUUGAUUUAUCCUAUCUGCCACGAUGUUUUUUAUUUUAGAUUUUUUAUUUUUCUAGAUAACUAGUCAACUAUUGAUUUUUAUGGGACAUGUCUUGGAGUUUGGACGAUUAUUGAAUUGCGUAGUUGUUGUAGGGUUAAAAAGCGGUAUUUUUGGAUUAAUGCUCCAUUGUUUUGUUAGAUUACGCAACAAGAACCUCGUUUGUUGUUUAAUACGAAGUGGGCGUGGUCUGUGCUCUUUUUCCUACAAUUUUAUCCAAUGAGAAACUGCCAGUUUUGUGGUUAAUUCAAGUACGGGGCCGACAGAUGGCGCUAUUUCGUAUUGUGCUCGUUUGAUAUAUAAUCGUCCAUUCUCUGUCCCAAACUUUCCCAGAAUUGUAUUAAAACUCAGAACUAGCUUUUUAGUGAUACUAUAAAUUAUAUAAAGAAAAAAGAAAAAUUAAUGUUGCGAAAAUUUUAUGUAUGUAUUGGAGAUUUUUAAAUUUAAAAAAAAUGCUGGACAUUAUUACUAUAACUAUUGCGUCUUUUAGCUGUGAAUUUUUUUGAUUGCGAAAAGUUGAGCAAAAAAAUUCAAAGCGUCUUUUAUUUCGACGAAAGUUUAAAACUUUUGAAAGUACGAAAAUCUGCCAUCCAGUUCUUAGCGCUUUAUUUGCCCCUUGUUUUGUCAUGUUUGUACUUUUUAAAGUUUUAUGAAUUGAUAAAGAAAAACUUUAUAUACCUAGAUUGUGUGUAUUCUUUUUAUGUUUGUUUUGAGGCAAACAUGACGAGAAUCUGGCUGUUCGUGUAUUGAUUACAUCAACUGCCCUGCAACUUUUUUAUGUGAUAGAAAUUAGGAAUCUUGAGAACAAAUACCAAAGAUUGUGUUUCGGUUAGUCGCGUCAAUUAGGCUACAAGAAGAGAACAACUCCGGCAGCUGAUGUACUCCGUACAUUAUAAUAUUAGGUAAGGUAAUGUGUUCUAUAAAAUUCAUUGGUAAAAAAUAGAUGUUAUUAAGUAGGCUACCGCGUAAAAUUCUAUCUGUAACUAUGAAUAAUGGUCGAUUGGUUGGCGCGCUUCAUUUUUUCACAUCAGUAUUAUCGAUUUCAGAUUUUUCACACGCUGAACAAUUCUUGAUUAGUCGUGGUUAUAGAUAUUAUCUUAUGUCCCAUUUAAGGUGUUUUAAUAAAAUAGAAGGAAUAGUUUGGUAAAAAAACAAAAAAAUGAUUCACGGAUCACAACCGAUUGCGGUCCAUUUCGGACGCCAUAACACACGUAUAAUUUAUAUUGAAAUGUUAUUUUAAAAACUUCAGUUACAAAAAAAUAAAACAUUUAUAAAAAACUA